CGCACAUGUUUACAGGCAGCAUUCCGCCGGUAGAGGCUCUGCUCGGUCGGAGCUAGAAACGGACUGGAGCUCUCAGCAACCGGAGCUGGAGUUCACAUAACGGUUGUAUUUUGAGCCAUUUUCACCUCCCGUGUUGGAAUUUCGACUUUCAGGACCAACCUGAGUGGCAUAAUUCGACGCAUUUGCUUCUCUUCUUCCCCGUCCGAGCCAUUUGUACGCCGAACAGCCGCCAUUUUGUUUAAUCGUGUACAAAUGUCACUUCGGUUCCGAGACGUAGCGAUUAGUCCGCGUUUUCUGGCCGCCCCCGCAGCUCGCAGGGAGCAGUGGGGAAAACAAACGGGUUGAACGGAGGAAGAUUGGUAGCCGGUUGGAUGUGGAGGUUGUUUAGCGGCGAAUGAAUCGCUUUCAUGUCGCGGGCUGUUGUCGGGUGCUAAUUCAAAGUUCUCCCCCAGCUUUCGGUGCUUCUCAGUGCGGUUGUGCGGGACGCGGCGUGGAGUUUUCUCCCUCCGAGUAUGUUGCCGCUUUCUAACAUUUUGUCAGGGCUGUUGGAGCGCGUAGUCUACCCGCUGCGGUUUUGUGUUUUUCUCGACGUUGUUUACCGGUUAUAAUUCGACGUUUAAUGAUUUAAAUCCACCGGUUCGCCGGCUCUGAACACAGCGAGACACUUUUUCGACAUGCAUACGAGGCGUCUGGUGAAGCGGUCGAUCCUCGGCAGCCGCGUUUAUGCGCCGAGUCCAACCGGGGACGGUGCCCCGGUGACAGGAGUGGUCCAGGCUGUCAAGCAGGAAAACAGAGACGUUUCGGCCGCCGGAGCCCGGAGAAGCGUCUACACCGUGCUCAUGCAAGACGGCAGCCUCAAGGAGUUCUCCGAGGAGGAGAUAGCUGCGGGGUUCAACCACACCGCCGCCAAGGGACCGCUCAAGUCCAGCCUGAAGCAGAGCUCCACUAACGGAGCUCCAGACGGCUAUAAGAUGGAGGGCGGUUGCCUGAGCCCAGAGGCAGCGGAGGAGCAGCGGCUGGCGGAUGGCAAGCGUGUUAGCCGGGACCCCGACACCCGAUCAGUGUCUCUGCUCGAGCAGAAACGCAAAGUGGUCUCCUCUAGCAUUGACGUCCCUCAUGCCAGACGGUCAGAGGAGGAAGUGGAUAUGGACAAGGUGACGGCUGCCAUGGUGCUGACGAGUCUCUCCACGAGCCCGCUGGUGAGGAGUCCACCUGUCAAAGUCAGCGAGGGUCUGAGCGGUUCAUGGAAGGACAACGGCUCAGCGGGACCUUUCACCCCGUCGAGCAACAGCUCCUCAGGGGGCUACUGGAGCUGGUCGGCUCCCAGCGACCAGUCCAACCCCUCCACACCUUCCCCGCCACUCUCCGCUGACAGCUUCAAGCCCUUCCGCGUGCCCAGCCUGGGAGGGGUGGGACCUGGCCCGGCAGGACCUGAAGACCCCAGUCUGGAUGAGCAGGACGGCAGCAGUCUGCUCUUUGAUGAGCCAAUCCCUCGCAAGCGCAAGAACUCCAUGAAGGUGAUGUUCAAGUGCCUGUGGAAGAACUGUGGCAAGGUGCUGAGUACCGCUGCUGGCAUUCAGAGACACAUCCGCACCAUCCACCUGGGGCGUAACUGCGACUCCGACUGCAGCGACGGCGAGGAGGACUUCUACUACACGGAGAUCAAGCUCAACACCGACUCGGUGGCCGACGGGCUGAGCAGCCUUUCCCCCGUGUCGCCCUCCAUCCUCUCUCCCCCGCCUCCGCCCCCGUCUCCUCUCCCUUCUCUCAGCCAGCUGCCAGACUCCCACAGACCCCAGCAGUCCUCUGACACCAAGGAGCCUCACGCCGGCGGUGCCACCCCGCUCAGCCGCUCUGCGCCCAGCGCUCUCUACCUCAUCCACACGGACCACGCCUAUCAGGCCACGGCUCCGGUGUCCAUCCCGUCCAGCACCAGUAACUCGGCCGGCUCAGCCUGCACCAGCUUCACUCCCACCAACAGCUCCAGUUUUAGCAUCUCCUGGCAGUCGCCUCCCGUUACUUUCACCGGGAACACGGUGUCUCCCAGUAAAAGCCAGGGGUUUGGUGAACAGCGCUCCCAGACCAUCGCUGUGCUGUCAUCCCCUCCCAGAGCCACCACUGCCCUCAGUCGGAAGGUGCGCGGCGAGGGGAAGAAGUGCCGUAAGGUGUACGGGAUGGAGAACCGCGACAUGUGGUGCACCGCCUGCCGCUGGAAAAAGGCCUGUCAGAGAUUCACCGACUGAUCGAUCCCCGCCACUGCAACGGCCCGCCACUCCAACAGGAGCCAGAGAGAUGCGGAAUGGGCGUCGUUUUGCAUGCGUUUGGUUUUCUUCAGCUCAAAAUCACAACUCGUCCGUCAAAGCUCUGGCUCUGUCCCUCUCCGUUCUGGCUUCUCCCAGCUCCACUGAAACAUUCCAGCUGUGGAAGCAGCUGGAGGACGGCAGAGUCCCCUUUUACAUCGUCGUCCAGGAUUCCCAGUACAUUCCCUUCAAUCCCAGUUGUGGGAAAAACCCCAGUGCAGCUAAACAGUGUAAAGAAAAAAAAGUAGAUCUAAAGAUUUCUGCAGUUUUUUAUGUUGAGUCCAGUGUUGCAUCUUUCUAUGUUUUGUACAGCUCUGGUUUUUAAAUGGAAAGUCUAGUCAAAGAAGGGGUCAGAAAAAAGGCCAAAAGCUUGUUUUGUGUGUUUCGUCAAAAGAUUUAAAAAGAAAUCUUCACUUUUUUAUCCAAAAAGAAGAAUCGGCCUGUUUGCUGAAGUGUUUGAAGAAGAUUAUGAAAAAGCAUGGAGGGAAAGGCUCGCAGUUUUUGUUCUUCCUUCAACUUGUUCAUCCAUUUGUUUUAUUUCUGGACUUUUUCGUGGUGAUUUUUCUAACAUCACAGCCUCUCCUGGCCCCUCCACCCUCCUGACAGCCCUGAGGGAAUGUAAGGCAGAGCCAGGAAGGGCUGCUUGACAGGUAGAAGAAGGAGGGGCACACAAGGUGAAUGAUCAAUGCAAAAAAGAACCAAUUCACAGUCAGGGAAAGUAGAUGGACCACAGCAUCCAACACACACACAGGUAUUCCCACAGAAUCAAAGCAGAAUAUUAUGUCACUUUUUAUCCGGUUGAGUCGUUUUCUUUGUGUCAUCAGGGAUGUGAUUCUAAAGAAAGCAAAAACCAGCAGCUCAGACCUGUGGUUAUACUGUAUGCAGCACUAUCUAAGCAGCUUCUCUCUUCAUCACACAUGACAACUUUGCAACCAAAAACCCCUUUAUGUCGUUCUUUUAUGUUUUUGGUUUUUGUUAAGGUGCCAUGUUUAGCGUUGUUGAUGUAGUGUUUGUUUUUUUCUUCUUUUUUUUUUUGGUGAAACCAAGACUGUUUACCUACCUGCUAAACAAAGUGUUUAAAGAUCUUCCUGACCACUGGAAGUCAGCAGCAUGUGAUGCCAUCAAAAGAUCUUUGACCACCGCCCUCCUCCUGAACUAACCUUUACGCUUUCCCAAAGGGAGCAACAACUUUGUGUUUACGUAUCUUGAUGAUCUGUUAACCAAAGGAGGAGGGCUAAAAACCAAAAGUGAGGCACUUGUACUGUAUUUGUGUAACGGAGCACCUGGUGCAUUUGUGGUUAGUUUUAGAACGUUCAAAAUGUUCCAAUCUUCCUCCAUAUUUCCAAUUUAACUGCUUACUAAAAGAAGUACAAACAACAUGUGCUCGCCCAGAUGUAGCCUCCGUUUUAAACCUUUUUUUUUUUUUAAAGUUGUGGGGGACUUGAUUAGGCCACUCCUUUGUUGUUGAGCGUGCAAAUUUCACUCACUUGGCAACAUGCUAGAAAAAGCUUUGGACAAGCUUUCAAAAGAGUCCGCAGACUUUGUUACUGAUGAGGUGGAAAGAGGUCAAGAUUGUAACAAAAAAAAGAAAAAAAAGAUCUGAUUUGUCAUUUGAAUUUCAGCCUCCUUGUUGGCCCAAAAGCAGGAAAGCCAAAGGCCAAAUAGUUUACACAUGUGGACCAACUCUUGCUCCAUUUCGUGUUCAAGUGAAGACCAGCGUGUCUCCCAACAGGCACCUUGUUCCUUUGGUUUCUGCAUUUACUCUGCAUUUUGUGACGUUUUGUUUGAAUGCAUGCUUUGAAUGCACACACACACACACACACACACACACGCACACGCACAGCAUCAUUUUACACCAGAUUUAUUUCAAACCAACACCAGCUAAUAAACUCACACCCCGCUCGCCCGUAAAUCAAAAACCGUAGCUCUUUCGUUUGCUCAGCUGUUUCUAUUUUGUCUGUUCUUUUAGUUUCUUCCUGUAUAUAUGUAGUUAUUGUAUUUUUUUAAUGACCAGUUAUCUCGGUCAUUACUUCUGCCACCUUAUGAACAACACAGGUUAGAGUGUGAUGUUCUGCGCGAGGAACUAACGUGCUGUUGAAUCUGUCUGGCUUCUGUUGUUUGAGUCUAGAGCUAGCCUUAAAGUCACUCUUUGUGCUUCUUCAAUGUCAUUAUGUUGAUGUUUCGGUAAGAAAUAUUAUUAUUAUCUCAAAACAGAUUCGCCCUUGUACUAUGUGAACAUAUUGUUUAAGAAAAGACGUCUAUAUAAGAAAAAGAUUUAAAUUCAAAGCGACAAGAAGAGAAGACAUUCAUUUGGCUGUUUCUGUUGGGUUCUUUUCUCAUAUACAUUAUAUAUACAUAUGACUAUAUAUAUAUAUAUUCUGUUGAUGGAUUUUGUUUUCAUGUUCUGCUGAAGGAGAUUCAUAAACGUAGGAGGAAACCCCGGCACAAUUUUCAUUACGGAAUAAGCUUGUGCUCUUUUCAGUGUGACCCGCACGCUCCCGCCUGGAGCUCCUUCACGUCACGCUUCCCGCUGUCGGCGCCGCUUAGGGGUCCAAAACCACACGAGUUUAAAACCUUUAUCUUAUUUCCAAUUCUCCUCUCUCCAGUCACGCCGGCUUGCCUGCAAUUAGUUUGAUUGACGUCUCGAUGUGCUUGCGCCAGUGUGUGUACGUUUGCUCGUCGCCUCUUGUGUGCGAACGUGAAGGAGCCCCGGGCGAAAGUAUGCGGGGCGGAAGCUCGACGCCCCCUCCCCCCCUCCCUCCCCCAUCCAAAACAUCGCUACGGCUCCUCCCGAGGAGCUACAUACCUUUUAUCAAACGGCCCGUGGCGUUUCCCUGUCAGGCCGCCAGCGGGUCGAGCACACUCCUGACAAACCAACACUCUGCAGUUCAAACAUGUUUUUGUCGGUGAAGCCCUCGGUGGCUGCACGUGGCGGAUGCUGUUUCUUACUCCAUGCACUUCCCCCUUCCCUCCCUCCAUCACUGUGGUGCUUUAUGUUGGUGUUUGGAACCACCCUCCUCCAUUGAUGUUGGGAAAACCCUGAUCCGGUCAGGGCUCUGUCCAGAAACAAGUCCCGGCGUUGGUUCAGAUCAUUCAGAGGUGCUGGUGAGACCGGAUACUUCACGGCAGCAUUUCAGGGCAGCUAAUUCUACUAGAAGUUCUCUGUGGAUUCUUAUCCUCGGUCAGUGUUGUGUCGAUUUGGCCAAAAAUAAGCUCAUUGAUGGUUAAUCCAAAUUACCUCAAAAGGAUAUCUGCUGCCGUAUUUCUCGAACCCGUCCAGGGAUUUGUUUGUGGACUCCGGCCUGAGAACAUCUCGGUUUCAUUCACUGCCGGCGGCACAAAGCUGGCCUUUAGCAUGACGGUGCUUUCAGAGACACUCGGUCGGGUCUGCGCCUGCAUCCUGUACAUGCUGGUGCUGAGGCCUCGGCGGAGGAGGGGGAGAAAUGUAGGUGCUAUAAAAACCCCACGCAGUGCUGUUUCUCCCGUGUUUCCUCUGAUCAUAUUAACUCCAUUUUGUACACAUUGUUGAUGCUGUAGAACAUGAAAAUAAAAAACACCCUGCCUCAAGCCUACCAAGUGUCCAGACACGAGUUAGUGAGUGGGGCCCCGAUAAAAAAACCUCUGUCUCUCUCCUGAUUCAUCAAGUUUGGUGGUUUUGUUUUGUGAAAUGUACUGAUUAUUGUCUCUUAUUUCAUCACUAAAGAUUCUGACAUCAGGUAAUUUAGUAAUAAUGAGUGAGUGUGGAUGUAGUCGAAUUCAGAAGUAACCGUUCAUAAAACUGUCUUUUACUUGCUUCUGCUGGAGCUUUUGACCCACAUCACUUAGUCUUAAACUAUAGAUUGAGUUAAAUGACAAUUUGCCAGGAUUUUGUGGUCGUUUUGGGAGAUUGUUGCGACCUAAAAUGCCUGAAUUCGUGGCACCUUUCCAAAAAAAUUGCGAUGUUUAUUUGUUGCGAUGUAAUUGCGGGACUCAGUGACAGUUGCUAAUAAGUUGCAAUUUUUUCAGCUUUUAGAACCUGUUUCAAGAUUUUAAUUGACAAUAUUUAUACUGAAACUAAUUCUUUAACACUCUCCAACUCAUUUACACAACUUUCACACACCACGGUGGGAGAUUAGCAGCAGCCAGAUACUGGUCUACCAUAGAGUGGUUGGCAGAUUUAAGUCACUAAAUGAUCAUUUACUAUUGAAUUAGUCAUAUUUGGACACAUCUGCCAGUGGCUUAAAAUGUUAAAGAAUUCGCAGAGAUUGGAUUCGUGUGAAUUGGUGCCAUCGCAACAUCACAAAUUCGUGGAGGGACUGAUCAAAAUGUUAUUAAAAUGGCAAAAGUAAAAUUUUAUUUCAUAAUAAUGUAUUGUUUGAUUAUUUUUUCGUUAAUAAGCAUCGCUGAUAUUGCAUCUGAUAAAAACUAAUCUUGAAUAUAUUGCCUCCUGCCAGCUAGCUUAGAGUUAACAACCCAUUGUCGUUUCUUUUUCCUGCUCAAAUUCGUACACAAGUAAAGCUCUUGAUUAAAUUUACUCUCCAUCACAACUGAUGAAGACCAUGUGUACUCAAAAGCUCCAGAUUGACUCAAAAAAAAGGUCAAUGGCAACAUCCAACCUCAUUUUCUUGAUUUUUCCAUAUCGGUAAACUGGCCACCUGUAGAUGUACAUCUGUUCAAAAUUUGGCACAAAUGGGGGGGAAAAAACAAAACAAAACAAAACAGACGACUUUAACCAACACUGCAGCAUCUUUGCCGUUCCAAAACAUUAAACUCUUCUCCCGUCAGAUGUUGCAGAGAUGUCAGGGAUAUUGGAUAAUUUAAUUUCUUUUGGGGACAUCAAAAAAAAAAAAAAAAACUGCCAGACAAAGCAAGAUCACGCCGCUCAUCAUUUUACUCCCAAACUGACAACCUAAUGAUGCCAAACGUGCCAUAUGGCAGCAUCCUCUUACUCUGAUCGUGUAACUUAUUCAUAUUAAACUGAUCUCUCAGCCCUGAAACCUGGAGGGGAGGCAGAGCGGCUAAACACGAGCUCCGAAAUGAUCUGCCAUUAUAAACAUGUGUUCACGCAGCAGAAUUAAAACUGUGGCAUCAGAGGGGCGCAAUAGGGAGUGUUGUUGCUCUAGAGAGAGUGCUAUGAAUACUUAUGAGGACUUUUUUUUAUUAUUUUUCUCUCUAAGUGAAGCGGCAGCGACUGGUCUGGCUUUUGUUCUCUGGCGUGUUUACUCCGCUGCUGCCUAUUAAAGGGCUGAGCGUUCGGCUGCGAUUUAUAAGCUGAAUAUAACAAGAUGGCAUGAUUCUGCUCAUGGAUGAUAUAAAAAAAUCAGCUCUUGGAGGUUACGGGGGCCCUGCGCGUCCUCCGUGCACGGCGGUCCGGUCCGGUGACGACUUUAACGGCAGUUCACGUGUUGACAGUUUUACAAGGAUUCCUGGUUUAUGUACCUGAUCCUUACUGAGAUCAGUAUUUCAUACAUGACAACACUUGUUUGUGACAAGAGGCUGACGAUUAAUAUACCUUAUAUCAUCCGACGUAUAGGUCAAUAUAUGCUACAGUAUAUUCAGAUUAAGCUACAGUACAGUAUACCUAAGCUACAGUAUCUGUGUGUAUCAGUAUAUCCAUGUGAUAUCCCAAACUUUCUCCAAAUUUCUGCCGUUUUCCAUUUUCCUGUCGGCAAAGUGCCUUCAGUCCGGAGGCCCUUUCAGCUCUGUGGUUGCAGGUUAAUCCUCCUGUUGUCCUCAUUUAGGGGCACCAAAAAAUAUGGCUUCCUUGUCUGAAAAAAAAUCCAAAAAUUCAGCAAAAAAAAUUACCUUCAGGAAGAAAACUCCAGCAAUUCCUUAAAAGUUUCCCUAAAAAAUUUUAUUCCAAAACAAUCCCUCAAAUUUGAAAAUAAAAUUCUUGUAAAUAUUUUCAAAAAAUUAGUAAAAUCUUCCAAAAAUUGAGUAAAAAUAUGUACUAAAGUGAUUACAUGUAUAUCAGUAGAACUUCUAAUAUUUACUUAAGAACACUGACAAAAAAAAAUCAACCAAAAUCCAGCAAAUUUCACUGAUCAAUGUUCUUAAGAAACAAUUUUAACAUUUCUUUUUGCACCGAAAAAUGUGCCAAAAUUUCCCAAAAAUGUUGAAAAUGUGGACAUCAGAAGUUUCACUGUAGAAAUGUAUUUUUUUUUACAUUUUCACAUUUUAAAACCGGUCAUUUUUGCCACGCAGGACGAUACGAGGGUUAAACCGGCCACCCACCUCUACCAGCAGAUAAAACAUGUGAGGGGGUUGUUAUCUGCCCCGCACAGACCCUCUAGCAUGGGCAGCACUCGAUAAACAGCAGGUGGCGCUCUGCUGAAGCGGUGCAGCAUCGUCUGAAAUGACCCCGAGCAGAGAUUGAGGAGGGGUAUGUGUGUUUCUAAAGCAUCCAGAUCCUACCAACAGGUUUCUAUGGCUACCAUGCCGUCGGGCAGAAUUGUGCGUCUUCGCUCCUUAUGGGCUGCCAGUGCAGCGGCGGGGCGGCGUUGUUGUCAAUUAAAAAGAGGAGAGGCCCUCCCUCAGCCCUCCAUUCAUUCAGGAAUGUGAAUAAGGAGGAGGUUUUUCUUUUGAGCAUUAAUGAUUAAAAAGGAAGUCCUCGGUGUGUGUUUCCAGAAUCCGCUUCACCCUUGUUUUCUUUGGAGGAUUAUAUAUGAAUGUGCCUUGAUGAACGUAGAGUUUCUAACUCUGGAGGUGUGUUGCUGUGAUAUGCAGGCCUACAGCGACGGUGGUGGAAUGUCUCUGGUGCUGGCUAGUCUGAGUUCUCCUCUCUGUAUCUAGAAUUCAAAGAUUUGUUGAUACAAAUAAAUGUCCUGUGAGUUGCGUUCUGAGGCCCCUUUGGCCCAAUUUCUCGGUUCCAGAAAGAUGUUGCAAGAUCUAAGAGUGACUUUUCUACUCUUUGCUGUAAACAGUUUUUUCAAUCCAAUCUUCUACUGUGUUUCAAUGUGUGUGUGUUUUUUUUUCUUUUCUCUUGUCUUUGUUUUCCCAAACAUGACUCCUCCUCUCCCCUUUUGUACAAGGGCUUGUAGAUAAAUGUACGUCGAUGUGAAAAAUCGCUGUUGUGGUGCAAUCUCAAAGAAAAAAAAGAUGUUUGGGAAAUCAAGGGAGCCUCACUCAGCAAACAGCAUGUGAAACAGUCGGUGAGGUGAUCCAUUUUUAGCGCCGAGCUGCUAAGUGGUUUCCACAGGAACCUGAAAAAGGCAUCACUUGCAUUCUGCGCGAAGGUGUUUGAAUAUUAAUGCAUUUCAACAGGCAGACAGGAGAGAAGCACUUUCAUCAGCCUGAAAUUCUGUUAUUGGGUUUAAGCAUUCGGAAUAUUAGCAGCUGAGUUGAUUAUUUCAGGGUGUUUGUGGGGCAGCUCCUUCAGCUUUAAAUAUGCAACAGAGAGACUCGGCCUCUCUUCAAACUGGAUCACCUCAUUGGCUGUUUUAUCGGAUUACAAUCAUGUCAGACCUCAAGAACUCAAUGACUGUCGCACUGGAUUUUUACACUCUUUUUUCAAACGGUAUAUCUACUGCUCUGGUCUAACUGUAUUUUUAAUACUGCAUGUGCAUGCAAAUAAGGAAAAUUAUGGAAUACAUGACUUUAUAUAAAUGUGCUCUAUUUGUGCUGUGGCGUCCAUGACAGGGGUUGGGAGCAGCCAGUGUUGCCUUCAGUGUCUUCAUUUCACACACACACACAAAAGAAAAAAACUGGCAUAAGAAAAGAAAUCCCUGACUCAUGUUUUCAAAUCUAUACAAGCGGUUUGAAAGUACCUGUGAUUCCCUGCUGGCACGGACCAAUUUGUCACAGUCUGAGCGAGGCCGACUUCUUGUUGUGUGUAUUAACAGUGAGUCUGGCGGGAUGCUGGUAGAAGACAGAUCGCCAGAGGAGGCUGUGCACUAAAGCCUGCCUCUCUGUAGCAGUGGUGGGAACAGAGCCAGCCAGAGUUAUGAAGAAAUCUGAAGUGUGAAUUCUUGCUUGUUCCUCCUCUUGCGUCCAGAGAGAUAUUUUCCAUCUGUGUGUGAUCAGAAUCAUGUGGUACUUACCAAACUUUACCACCACGAGACUAUUGAACACAGCGAUGAUUUAAAACUGCACUUAACCCAGAAUCCCUCAGCAGCGCUCGGGGACUUUAAAUAACUUGUAGAUUCGUACACAGAGACUCGGUUUGGCGGCGGCUGCUCUCCACCCCGUCGUCCUCGGUACAGUAUGUUGCGUUUUAUAUCCUUUUGAAGCCUCUAAAUGUAAAUGUUUGAUAUGUGUUUCCAGACUGUAAACUAAAUCGUAGAUGCAACACAUUUUCCUUCUCCGGAUCUGUUCAGCGCAUUAGGUGACACAGUUGAUUAACGGGGAUGAAGGUUGGGGACGAGGGGAUUUUGCUUCUGGAGGAUUUCACGAACAGGAUCAGUUCAGCUUUCGGUUCAAAGUAUCAAGGAAACGUGAUCUGCUGGCGGUGGUGACAUGCGGAGGAAUUCACAGAUUUGCUUUCUUGCUGAGAGUUAGGAGAGAACAUCCAACAACUGUACAGUAAAUGUGAAGUAGCAUCCACUGGCAUGUUAGCUCAACUUGAGAUUGGGGAAACAAAACAAUUCUUACAGGUAACAACUCACGGUGAUUUAAAGCUAAUAAGACCAGCCCCCGAUCUAAAUGAAUGAGAAAAGAGCCAUAACUUCAAUUUUAAUGUUCAUCAGGACAUAAAAACUACAUUUAUAGAAACAUUAGUGAAAUCUGAUUUGACAUAACGCUCAAAACAUUUGUUGACUUUGCCCUAAAAUAACAUCUAAAAUGUGUCUUUCCCCUUAGUUUAUACCUCCAACAUUAUUGGCUAGAUAAUUCUCAGGUCAGUCAUUCGCCUUUUCACUGAGCGGUUGAGCCAGGUGUCAUAAAACGACCAUCUAUGGCAAAAUUCUUCCUUAGAUUUCUGUUCAGGAUUCUCUAAAUGAUGAGUCUCUCCUCUAAAGCCUCUAUGAAAAUGACUACACUAGUUUGCCAACUGUAAUAAAAUCCUUCUUUCAACGUGGCUAAAGUUCAAACUAACAGUUUUUUUUCUGUACGAAAACCAAAGUGUGAAAGCAACAAUUGACAAUUUCAAGGGAGGGUUAUACACCAAACUACUGCUGCCUUCAAACAGGGUCAUGAGUUCAAAAAGCGUCUAUUUUGCUUUUGCCGUGUUUAGUGUUCCGUUGACAUGAUUUCUAAUGUGGUGAACAUGAACUCAAGAAUUUGAAGGCAGCAUGUCUGUUGUUUCUGAGGAGCUACUACUAGCCAACUAGCCAAGACACCACAGUGAAGUAAUAUUCGAGUACGUAGCAUGCAAUAAAACUGCAAAAAUGUCAUUAUUCUCUUUUAUGUAUGGAAAAACAACUUAAAUCUAUUAAUUCCUUAGCUUUGAAGGUGCUGGUUGGCAGAGGUUUUUUUACCUUUUGCUCAAGAAACUUUCAUGCUAACCUAAGCUAAAAGGCUAACUCCUUAUUUACUGUACAAACGCAAGUGUGGUGUCGUUCUUCUCGUCUCACUCUCAUCAAGAAAGUGAAUACAUGUGUUUCCCAAGCUGUUUUGGCAUUCAUGUGGAGUCUGAAAAGACUGAUAUAAAUACAUUUUUCCUAACAGUUGAGAUAAAAAGCAGAUGUUGGCGGGUGUUAUGCCUUCUCUGCAUCCAAUCGGCCUCAUCUACUUCUGUUCUGAUGCUGAAACAACAACCCUGUAGGAAAGCGUCUCAUUGUACUGCUGCAGGUUGAGGAAUUAUUCACAACACCAAAGUGCUCUGAUACCUCAAACUCUGUCAGCUCUAAUAACAAUACUUGUCUCCCAAAGCCUCUCUUUACUUUUUUUUUAAUUUAUGUGGUGAAAAUAAGUCUUGGGAAAACUACAGGAUGAGCUCCAGUAUGUUUCCCUCAGGUCUGCUUCCUCCGGGUCAUCAGGAGUACGUUUUCAUAAACCUGCCGUCUCAUCGCUGAGGGACGAAUGAGACCUUAUAUUGCACUGAAAAAGACUGAAAAUAAGAUGAGAAAUUAGGCGAGACAGUUGAGGGAGGUGCAAGCUGUUUUCCAUAUUGGCAAGGCUCUCUCCGUUUCCACUCUACCUUGCAGCAAGCCACAUUCAUUUCAUCCAUCCAUCCAUUCUCUACACACCGCUUUAUCCUCACUAGGGUCGCGGGGGGGUGCUGGAGCCUAUCCCAGCUGACUCGAGCGAAGGCAGGGGACACCCUGGACAGGUCGCCAGUCUGUCACAGGGCUACAACAUUCAUUUGUCUGCAUCAUAUAUCAAGCGGGAUUUAUUAAGGAAAGAAUAUGCAACUAAACGCCGUCUUUGGGGCAGGACUCCUUAACACUGCGCCCGAUAUUACACAACCUCUCCACACACACAGACAGAGUGAAAGAGGUGUGAAAGCCAACUGUGUUAGCUCAUGUCAUUGGGCCAAUAUGUGCCCUCGCUGCUCAACAUAUGUCCCCGUGUCCCCUCAUCCUGUGAUGAUGUGAGGAGCUCGCUGAUGGAGGCUGCUCACCAGGCCGCGGGUCCAGAAAGCUCCGCUAAGGAGUUGCUAGUGUCGGUGUGUGUUGUGUGUCUGCGUUUCGAGGGGUGAGAUGAUGGAGUGUGUUUCCAUUGACCGCCUGAGGUACGUCCCAUCUGUUCAAUGUAGCAUUUACAGCUCCUCCUGUUUGUCUGCGUCGGGAAACAAAAGCUUAGUGCGAGUGUGUCUGUGUGUACACCUCUACUCCCUACAAAGCCAGAUCAAGCCAUUCCUGCGGCCAUAAAUGCACAUUUCAGUGUGCAAGCUGUCAUACCUCAUGCAUUAUCAACUAGUACAUUGACAUAAAAUAAUAAACCUCCCCCUGCUGCUUUUCACACCAGCAUAAAUUCUGUGUGAAGCAUUAUCCUGAAUACUGGCUCCUACAGAGUGUCGCUCUCCUUUGAAAUGACCAAAAUGAAACAGAAGCGAAGGGAUUUCACGCUUGUGAUGCUAAAUGCAAGGUCAUAUUGCGUCUGCUUUGAAGCUCAGUGGCGUUUUACACGAUGUUGUGAUUGUCGUGGUCAGUUGUGGUGCGGAGUGUUCAAGGCCUCGGCGAGUCGAUCGUCCAGAAGAUGUUUGGCGAAUUAGUGGAGCUCCUGUGUCCGUGUGUGUCCAAGCCAUUGAAUAAUUGAUGAGGACGAUGAGAAACAGCACAUGUACACGGGCUCCAUCUGUGACCUUAGCUGAUAAGAAUCACUGCUGUCCAUGAAAUCGGUAGCUUCCCUUCGCUGUGAGGGCGCGAGGAGGUUCAAAGCAGAGGGGAGGGCGAGGAAGAACAAGACACAUAUGGAUCAGUCUUACACAAGCAAUACAGCUAAACCCGAAAACUCAAGAAGACAAAGAGAGAUCUCUGCGGUCGCAAGAGCACAAUCUAGCCACAAAUUAGAGGCAAAAUCGAUUCUGCGUGUUUGCACCGUGACAGAAAUGUCUCAGAAGUCUUCAUGCCAAUAGCCAUGAGAAAUGCUUUGAACUAUGGUCAUUAUCUCACCUGUCAGAGAGGCGAGAAGAAGAAAUACGAACUGAUCGUGGAAAAACGCAUCCUUGUUUUGUGUCUGUAUAGUCGACGGAGUUGUGAGUGACUCCCUUUUGGAACUGUGGCUAAGAUGCUUUUUCACAUUCUUGCAGAGUUAGAGGAGGAGAUUGAUACCGUGACUGAGGUUGUGGAGCUGUAGCCAGUUAGCUUAGCUUAGCAUAAAGAACUGGGGGAGAAAGCAGCUAACCUGGCUCUGUCUGAAAGUAACAAAAUUGUUCUACCAGCAUCUUUAACACUAACCGACUAAUUUGCGUCGUCUGUUUUUCUCGCAGAGUUUGUUUAAAAUGCUGAUAAUUAAUCCCGUGUCUGUAAGGUUAAGAUGUGGCUAUUUGACAAUUAGCUUACUUUAGCGCUUGAAGCCAUGGUAGAAUUAGGUAACCAGCUAAAAUUUGUCUAAAGGUUAAAGAAAAGGCCUAUCAACACUACUAAGCAGUUUUUCUUGAGGUUGAGCCAAACAAAAGUAAAUGUCAAAUGUGAAACUACACUUCACUUAGCCUCGCAAAAACACUGGAAACAUCUAGAAGAGCUAGCUUGGCUCAUCCAAAGUUCACAGACGCGGCUAAUUAUCACUACUAAAGUGGUUAAAUUUUCAAAUCUUUUAGUUGAGGAAGUUGAUACCACUUGUGUCUAUGUAGCCAGACUUUACAAGGACUUUGGGUUAGCUUUAUUUAGCGAAAAGAUGCUACACCGAGGUGGGGUCUAGCACAUCAAUCAUGUUGUUGAUGGUUGAAGGGCUAAACAUGUUUUACAUUUAGUUUGUUGUAUGAAUUACACAAACAACACAUGAUAUUGAUAUUAAUAACUGAUAUUUAAAGAUGCUGGUGAGACAGAACCAUUUAAGCUCUUUGCCUCUGUUUACACUCUUUAUGCUAAGCUAACUAGCUGUAGCUUCAUAUUCACCGUACAGAUGCGAGUGUGGUAUCAAUAUUCUCGUCCGGUUCUCAACAAGAAAACCAAUCUUUCAGUUCCCAACCUGUCAAAAUAUGAACGUUUUCAUCCCGAAUUGCACAUUCAGGAUUUCUGAAGGUUUUUUGCCGACUGGACCUUACACACACCAAGCCAUGUUUGAACUGAAUGUUCUCUUUCUGCACAUUUAAAGCAGCCUGCAUCUCCACAUUACACCCUCAAACAGUUGUCCAGACACUGAGUCUACAUGGGAUUUAUUAUCAACACUACACACUUCACAAAGCACCUGCAAUAUGUAUCUGCUCUAUCACACAAAUGUAUACUCUGUUGCACCAAUGAUGUUUUCUUAUAUUCUUUUCCACGAUAUUAUCAAAGGAAUUCUAUCAAUAUAUGAUGAUUUUUCUCAGAUGAGUAGAAUCGAUGCACACUGACUGUUAACUCCUAUACUUUUCUUUUUUCUUAUCUGAUCUGUGUGUGUAGAAACUGCCAUUGUUCUUGUUGUAAAUGGUGUUUACUGACAAAUUGCGUUCUGGUGCUGUUGUUGUUUGACUCGGUGUACAGUUUAGAUCUUCUCCAGAGUGAUCUGUGUGACUAGAAGAUUCUGCAGGCAUCUGGUUAUAACUGAAUAAAGAUUUUUUGGCAGCUGUUUGUUA